UGUCGGCCAAUGAUUGCGCGCCACUUUGUUUUCUUCGUGUGAUUUUCCAGUUUUCUCGAAACUUUCCACGCUGGCAUGCAAUGUGAAUAUGAUUUAUUAUAGUUUGCGCGAUUUCCCAUAAUUUUUAUUUGAAAUUUCCGUUGUCGAGAGGAACCGUCUCCAGUGAGUCCAGCAGGAGGAUUAUAAACAUUAAAUGGAUGAAAAUUUAUGUUGAGCUGUACUGCACGCGCCAUAAUGGAGACCACAAACUGCGGAGAGGUCAAAUGACAGCUGAUAUUUACGUCUACGGUCGAGAGGAAUCAUGAUCCACUUGCUGAGAUGACCCAGUUAUUGAUCUGGCUUAUUAAUUUAAAAGAAUUAAUAGCUGCUCUCCCUUUGCACAAAACUACAUAAAGAAAUGGCAGAGACAAGUCACUCUGAAAUUGGAAGCACCAUAAUGGACAACCGGAGUCAUCUAGAAACGCCACCGCCAUCACCGCCCAUCAACGAGCACCAGACGGAGGCUAGAAUUGAGUACACGGACGCAGCCACCCUGAGGUUGCCCGUGAACCGAGGCAGCAAAAGACGGCCGGCCUCGUCAGACUUGGAAAACCACACUGACCACACAGUGCCCCCUGUAGAGUUCAAAGAGCCCUCUGACCUGAUAACGAAAGCACCCUGCCGACAACAUUCCAACCACGACGAAAUUGAGCUUGAAGCCAUCGCCAAUGCAAUAGACCAAGUCACUGGUGAUUUCACACCUAUGGACCAUGAGGAGAGGUCAACUGGAGAAUCAGACGCACACUCGGCGGGAACUGUUAGUGCCAAAAGCACACAAAGGUUGAUAUUAAAAAAGUUUGAGGAUGAUGAACCACAUGGAAUAUGGUACGAGUGUAUGAUAGGGUGUUGUACGUGCCUGGGAUUUUUCUGUUUCACAUGAUAAAAUUAACCCAAAAAACACAAAUGUGGUCGCUAAGCUAUCAUUAAUACUCCCAGAGCUUUAUACAAGCUCUUUUGAUCUACAUUAAAUUAAAAUCCCUAUAACGUUAUUGUUGGUGAUAAGUACAAGAAAAUAGCGAUUCCUAGAUCUAUUUAGUUCAGGUUUUUAACUGAUGUAUUAGAUUAUAAGAAACUCAUCAACAGAAUUGCUCGUGAAGGUCUGCUGUUGACUAUUAAAAUUGAAUUGUCUUUAGUCUUUAUAUGCUGGUUCAAAAUUGUUUUAAAUUUUAACCCUCAUUACUGUACUAACAUUUCUACUGCAGAUUAUGCUAUUUUAUUAAAAAACAUAAUUGAAAACUGACGAAA